AAACACGUCUUGAGGAGUUGUGUUUCAUUUUCGAAUUUGAAAGAGGAAGAAGAGAACUCGAAAACCAGAAAAUCUGUGUGAGUUGUUUGUUCCCUGUUCGUCAGUGCUGUAAACCCAAACUCAAUAUUUAUUUCUUUAUUUGCUUUCGCCAGUAAAUUCUCUGUUCCUUUGUCUCCUUCUUCGUCGUUUGCUUCCCUCGGAGAAGUCGACCCUCAACUCGUCUGAGCUCCAAUUCCAGUUCUCAGCGAGUGUUAUUUCUCCUUGGACUCUUAAGCAUUUCAUAAAGGCUCCCUCGAUUUGCCAGAUCUUGCUUCGGUUGUCAGCACUGUUACAGGUUGUGUUUCAUGGGCAAUUCGAGAUCACGUGUCCCAAUUGUGUGUUUUGACAGUAUGUACCUUUAGUUACAAGCUUCGGUUGGACUUUCUGGUUAGUCGAUUUUGAGGCUAUCUCCAGUAUUUGGCAAAAAUUGAUGCAUGAAUGUGAAGCUGCGGAGGUACUUGAAUUUGGAAAUAUCAUCUUGUUGCCAUUUCGCUAAUCAUAUUUAAUUAAAGAAAUCACAUGAUUUGCUCGCCCUACGUAUUACGUGCGGAGGUUAUGGGGGUGCCUCUUGCUAUACGGUGAAGAGAAGCUUUUGUGUGUAAUUUUAUGAACAUACAAUCACAGAAGUUUGUAUAUGAUGGGGAUCAUUUCUCGCAGCAGUCCGACUCACAGAAAACCAAGUGAAAGCAUGAGGCUUAUUGUCACUACUUUUAUUGGAGUCAUUUUUGGCUUCUUCAUAGGAGUGUCAUUCCCAAAACUGUCAAUAACAAAGUUGAGUCUUCCAUCCAACCUGCUUCCAUCCAUUGAUCUCUCUUACAUUGAAGGCAAAUAUACAGGUAGCUAUACUUGGUCGUUUGUGAAGAGUUCCAACAGAAGCUCAUCACAAGAUCAAUCAUUGAUUGAUUCAUCAAAGAUUUGGGUUCCAUCAAAUCCAAGAGGUGCAGAGAUGUUACCUCCAGGAAUAGUUGAAGCUGAGUCAGAUUUUUACUUGCGUAGAUUGUGGGGUAAACCUAGUGAGGAUUUAACCUUUAAGCCGAAGUACCUUGUAACCUUCACUGUUGGCUAUAAUCAAAAAGACAAUAUUGAUGCUGCUGUUAAAAAGUUCUCAGACAACUUCACAAUCCUUCUCUUUCAUUAUGAUGGCCGAACAACUGAAUGGGAUGAGUUUGAGUGGUCCAAGAAGGCUAUUCAUGUAAGUGCUCGAAAACAAACCAAAUGGUGGUAUGCCAAGCGGUUUCUGCAUCCUGACAUUGUGGCACCAUAUGACUAUAUAUUUAUGUGGGAUGAAGACCUAGGGGUUGAGCAUUUUAAUGCAGAGGAAUACUUAAAGCUGGUGAGGAAGCAUGGCUUGGAGAUUUCACAGCCUGGUCUGGAACCUAAUAGAGGGUUGACAUGGCAGAUGACAAAGAGAAGAGAUGAUCAAGAAGUUCACAAAGUAACAGAGGAGAAACCAGGAUGGUGUACCGAUCCUCAUUUCCCUCCUUGUGCGGCGUUUGUUGAGAUUAUGGCUCCAGUGUUUUCACGAGAUGCAUGGCGCUGUGUGUGGCAUAUGAUUCAGAAUGACUUGGUCCAUGGAUGGGGCCUUGAUUUUGCUCUUAGAAGAUGUGUUGAACCUGCUCAUGAGAAGAUUGGAGUUGUUGAUUCUCAGUGGAUUGUUCACCAAGGUGUUCCUUCACUGGGGAAUCAGGGAGAGUCGCAAACGGGAAAAGCACCAUGGCAGGGGGUGAGGGAAAGAUGUAGAAAGGAGUGGACUAUGUUCCAGAGUCGGAUGACAAAUGCAGAAAACGCUUAUUACAAGGCCAUGGGAAUUGAUCCUUCCAAUUCCACAGCUCAUUAGGCACAAUAAUGAAGAGAAAAAAAUAAAAUAAAAUUGACUUGUAUACAGCCGCCACCACCACCCCUGUGCUUAGUUAUUUUCGUUACAAUUUGUUAUACCUUGCCCUCUCAUCAUUGUUCACGCGCAUGUAGCUUCGGUUAUGUUAGAAGAGUCCCCGUUGGGACACAAUCUGGAACCCAUUGAUGUAUCUGGUUUAUUUGAUUAUAUCAAAAUUAUAAUCAUAUUCUUGGAA